AUGUCUGUGUCCAAGGUUGCUUCCCUCACCGGUCUUCUGGAAUUUGCUUCCCUCGUCGCUGGUCACGGUUAUGUCUCUGGUAUUGUUGCCGAUGGCAAAUACUACGGCGGAUACAUUGUCAACAAGUACCCCUACAUGGAAAAUCCCCCCGACACUGUCGGCUGGUCUACCAGUGCCACUAAUCUCGGCUUCGUGGACGGCACUGCAUACCAGACAGCGGACAUCAUCUGCCACAAGGACGGAAAGCCCGGAUAUUUGUCUGCGUCCGUAAUGGCCGGUUCGGACAUCGAGUUCCAGUGGACUGAAUGGCCCGAGAGCCACCACGGCCCUGUCAUCACAUAUCUUGCCUCAUGCAACGGUGACUGCUCGUCGGUGGACCCCGUCUCCUUGAAGUUCUUCAAGAUUGACGCCAAGGGCCUUAUCGAUGGCAGCAGUCCUCCCGGCCAUUGGGCCUCUGAUGACUUGAUCAGUAAUAACAACUCGUGGACCACCACUAUUCCCUCUUCCGUCUCCAGCGGCAAUUACGUUGUGCGCCAUGAGAUCAUCGGUCUUCACUCUGCUGGCCAGGAGAACGGUGCUCAGAAUUACCCCCAGUGCAUCAAUAUCAAGGUCACGGGGGGCAGCGAUGCCAAACCUGAGGGAACUCCAGGAGAGUUCCUGUAUAAGAAUACCGACAAAGGAAUCAAGUUUAACAUCUACUCCGAUCUGAGCGGUGGAUAUCCCAUCCCUGGUCCUGCUAAGUUCAAUGGCUAG